GGUGAAGACCGCAGCAUGACGGAUGAAUCCUGUGAGGCGUUUGAGGAUCUGACGUUGGAGCAGCGUGACGAUGAACCUGGAGAGGAUCUCUCCGGGUUCAAGAUGCUGUCCUCUGGAAUCAGUCUCCUUAUCAACCAUGACUCCAGCAGAGACAUCGUCAUUGAUCAGUCAGGAGGGGAGCUGUGGUCAGUGAAAAACUUCGCCUGCUAUCUGACCCUGGACCCGAACACUGCCAGCCCAGAGCUGCUGCUGUCUGAACACAACAGGACGGCCACUCGCGUCUGGUCAGACCAUCGGUGCCCUGACCAUCCCGAGAGGUUCGACGGCAGCCCGCAGGUCCUGUGCAGGGAGGGCCUGCUGGAGGAGGUUUACUGGGAGGUGGAGUGGAGCGGGGGGGCAGAUGUCGGCGUCACCUACAACAGCAUCUCCAGGGCCGGAGACGCUGCAAGCUGCUUGCUGGGACACAACGCCAAGUCAUGGAGUCUGGAGUGCUGUGAGGGCAGCUACACGCCGUGCCACGACAACAAACGCUUCAGGGCUUCUUCACCGAAACCGUUCACCCACAGAGUGGGAGUGUAUCUGAACUGGCCGGCUGGCUCUCUGUCCUUCUUCAGCGUCUCCUCUGACGCCAUGACCCUCCUCCACACCUUCAGCUCCACCUUCACCGAGCCUCUGUACCCGGCCUUCUGGGUCUGGGGGUCGGACGCCUCGGUGUCGCUGCGGCAGGUGGAGUUGGACUGGGAACGCCUGCUGCAGUGAGGGACUGCAACUCCAUUUAGAGAUGUUUAUGUUUCUGUGUGAAAUGUCUGUGAUGUCUGUGAACAGGCUGACACAAGACCACAAGAACUGUGACGGGUCCAGGGUCACAGGGGAGCUCCGCUUAGCAAGACAUGGGCUCCCCUAAAAACACGAUGUGAGAAAUGCAUAUAAAAUACGGCUUCCUCUCUUAAAUUCGUGCCCUGACACGAUUAAACACACUGUUAUUGUGCUCAUAGUAACAACCUCCAUUCUGUCAGCUACAGUCCAGUUUUGUUAUUUGACCGCAGUAUCGGCACAGCCCACUGUGGCGGUAUACCGCAAUCAACACAAAGCGCCCAGACAGCUGCUACCACAGAAGAAGAAGAGCUGUGUGUUUGUGCUGCACACUGUGGAGGAGCUGCAGGGCUGAGGCCUCGUUUCUUCUGCACCAAAGCAGCUUCAUAUACCUGCCUCAUCAGUGACACAGCUCCCAAACUGACACCAGGUCAGUUUUCCAGUUCACAAAUGAAACUCUUCUUAACUUUGCAAAUGCAGAAGUUUUUUUUUUAAGGCGACAAAUGAAACAUGAUGACACGACCUGUUGGAAAGAGAGAAGCU